AUGGCCGGCCGCGGUGGGACCGGAGCGGCGGAGUAUGGCGAGGAGGGAGAGGACGAGGAGGAGGAGGAGGCGCGGGAAGGAGGCGCUGAGGGCUCGCCGAGUUCCAAGCUGCCUCCCAUCGUGGGCACCACCUCCGAUCUGGCCAAACGGAAGGUGAAGAAGAAAAAGAAGAAGAAAAAGACCAAAGGUUCGGGCAAGGGCGACGCAGAUAAGCAUCACAGUCGAGGCCGGAAGAGUCAGCCCCUUUCUUCAUCUUUCCAUGACAUCUUAAAUCCCCACAAAGACCAUGGCUCAAGAGCAGAGCCCCGAGAUAAAGAGGAAACUCGGCACAGCCUUCCCUAUUCGUGCGGCAUGAGUCACCCCUACUUUACCGAAAUAGAAGAGAGCCUUUCGAACCAGAUCAAUGAGAGUCUGCGUUGGGAUGGGGUUCUGACUGACCCAGAGGCAGAAAAGGAAAGGAUCCGCAUCUACAAGAUGAACCGGAGGAAGCGGUACCGGCUCGUGGCCCUCAAGGGCUUCCACUCGGAUCCCAGCACGGAGGAGAGCGUGGAGAACCUGCCCUACCUCUCAGACAAAGACUGCGGUCCGAGCAGCAAACAGCCCAGCUCCAAGGGUGACCACGCGCAUAGCUACUUUGAGGCCACAAAGCUCCUGCACCCCGAAUUAGCCACCACUGCAGCAGAGUGA